AUGGUUUCAUUGGUAGGUUCGUUUUCUUGCAACCCUUCCAACAUUUGCAGCAGUGGCAGAGGCCGUUAUGAUGGAAUUGAAAAAUUAAAGAAAAACAUUAUUUCUGCUUGUAUGGCGCCCCCAAAUGUCUUUACAGCUACCAAACAUAAAGGUUCUCAAAGAGCAGAGAAUUUGAGGAUUACGAAGGAGUUAAAGGAUGAAACUGACGUGCUUAUUGAAUGUAGAGAUGUCUACAAGUCAUUCGGAGAAGAGCACAUUUUAAGAGGCGUGAGCUUCAAGAUUAGACAUGGAGAGGCUGUUGGAAUAAUAGGGCCAUCGGGGACUGGUAAGUCAACUAUAUUGAAGAUCAUGGCUGGGCUUCUUGCUCCUGACAAGGGUGAGGUUUUUGUUCGAGGUAGAAAGCGCCAUGGUUUGAUCAGUGAUGAGGAAAUAUCUGGCCUUCGAAUUGGCUUGGUGUUUCAGAGUGCAGCACUUUUUGAUUCUUUAACUGUUCGUGAAAACGUUGGUUUCUUAUUAUAUGAAAAUUCAACUAUGCCUGAGGAACAAAUUGCAGAGCUCGUGACUGAAACUCUAGCUGCUGUUGGGUUGAAGAAUGUUGAAGAGCGAUUGCCUUCUGAGUUGUCUGGAGGAAUGAAAAAAAGAGUUGCUUUAGCUCGUUCUAUAAUAUUUGAUACCACAAAAGAUGCAAUAGAGCCUGAGGUGCUACUCUAUGAUGAGCCAACAGCUGGUCUUGAUCCUAUUGCAUCUACCGUAAUUGAAGAUCUCAUCCGUUCUGUUCAUAUGAAAGGUGAGGAUGCACUUGGGGAACCUGGGAAGAUUUCAUCUUAUGUUGUUGUUACUCAUCAACACAGUACUAUCAGAAGAGCUGUAGACAGGCUGUUAUUUCUAUAUGAAGGAAAGGUUGUUUGGCAAGGAAUGACCCAUGAAUUCUCCACGUCCGAAAAUCCAAUUGUUCAGCAGUUUGCAUCUGGGAGCUUGGACGGGCCCAUCAGAUAUUAG